CGGUCUCAACUGUGGUGAAUAGCAGGCUGAUGCUGUGUGAUCCUGGCCAUGGAGCUGAGAACUCCUAGAGAUUGGAUUUGAAAGUCCUUCAUAACUGACCACGCAGACUCUGCCUUCUCCGUGUUCCUGCAGCCAGAGACAUGACCUGACACCCUGAUGACCACUCUCAGGGCCCUUGUGUGACUGGCCGGUGCACCAUGGAACUUAAAGUAUGGGUGGAUGGAGUUCAGAGGAUUGUUUGUGGGGUCACCGAAGUCACAACUUGCCAGGAGGUUGUAAUAGCCUUAGCUCAAGCGAUAGGUCGAACUGGAAGAUACACCCUUAUAGAAAAAUGGAGAGAUACUGAAAGACACCUAGCACCUCAUGAAAAUCCUAUCAUAUCCUUAAACAAAUGGGGGCAGUACGCUAGUGAUGUGCAACUGAUUCUGCGCCGGACAGGGCCAUCUCUCGGUGAGCGGCCCACCUCAGACAGUGUGGCUCGGAUUCCCGAAAGAACUUUAUACAGGCAGAGUCUGCCCCCCUUAGCUAAACUGAGGCCUCAGAUUGACAAAGCAAUCAAAAGGAGAGAACCCAAAAGGAAAUCAUUAACAUUUACAGGAGGUGCCAAAGGAUUAAUGGACAUUUUUGGAAAAGGCAAAGAAACUGAGUUUAAGCAAAAGGUGCUGAAUAACUGCAAAACGACAGCAGACGAGUUGAAGAAGCUGAUCCGUUUGCAGACAGAGAAGCUUCAGUCCAUUGAGAAACAGCUGGAAUCUAAUGAAAUAGAAAUACGAUUUUGGGAGCAAAAGUAUAAUUCUAACCUCGAAGAGGAAAUUGUUCGCCUGGAGCAAAAGAUCAAAAGAAAUGAUGUUGAAAUUGAGGAGGAGGAAUUUUGGGAAAAUGAAUUACAGAUUGAACAGGAAAAUGAAAAACAGCUGAAGGAUCAACUUCAAGAAAUAAGACAGAAAAUAACAGAAUGUGAAACCAAAUUAAAGAACUAUUUGGCACAGAUCCAGACUAUGGAAAGUGGUCUUGAAGCAGAAAAAUUACAAUGGGAAGUUCACGAGGCCCAAGUCAAUGAGGAAGAGGUCAAAGGAAAGAUCGGUAAGGUCAAAGGGGAAAUUGACAUCCAAGGUCAACAGAGUCUGAGGCUGGAAAAUGGCAUUAAAGCCGUGGAACGAUCUCUGGGACAAGCAACCAAACGAUUACAGGACAAAGAGCAAGAAUUGGAGCAGUUGACUAAAGAGCUGCGGCAAGUCAAUCUCCAGCAGUUUAUCCAGCAAACAGGGACAAAAGUUACUGUUCUGCCAGCGGAGCCCAUUGAAAUAGAGGCCUCACAUGUGGACAUACAAAGGGAGGCGCCAUUCCAGUCUGGGUCCCUGAAGCGACCUGGUUCAUCUCGGCAGCUCCCCAGUAAUCUUCGUAUUCUACAGAAUCCUAUCUCAUCUGGUUUUAACCCUGAAGGCAUAUAUGUAUAACAUUAUCUGUCUUUAAGGGGGAGACCCAAUAAAGGUACCAAGGACAGUAGAACUCUCUCUUUGAUUUGUGCCAAUAACGAACAGAGGGUGUAUUUCACAAGCCACCGUGUCUUUUUUUCUCUCCUAAAUCGCAUACCACUUGGAGCCAUACCCCGUGCACUGAUGCUAAAGAACAAAGAAACUGUGUUUUCACACAACAGUGUUGAUAUUUUUAUCCAGCAGCUGUAAUGCAAAGCCUUCGUUUUCGUUUGUAGCAUUUUGAGAGCAUUAGGAAAGUGUUACAUCGUGUGUAUACUGAAAUAAACCACAACUUAAGAGUAGAGAGACAUUUGUGAUUGGCUUAGUUUAAUUUAUUUCAUGUAAUCAGUGUGUGAAUGUUGAUGUUUUUACUCUUUUUUAUUAAUACUUAUCCUGUGACUUAAAUACCUUGCAUAUUGUGUGAUUAUGACUUCGCGUGCAUGUUGCCAAACUCCAUCCAUGCAUUGCCAACUUAAACUACACACGUGGCAUAGGGUGCUCCACCAUUGAGACUGACUCCACAAGAACCCUUUUGCAUUUAUUUUCUGAAACUGUCCAUUAGCCAUUGCUUAAUGAGGUUGAAAUAACUCGGGGAGAAGGGAGUUAAAUCUAGAAUCGAAUCUUCCCUUUACAAUAUUCCCAAAUAUGUGAGUAACCAUAUAACAUAAUGGAUAUUUUUCAUGAGGUAGAUUGUAUGUGUAAGAGGUUUCAGCAGCGUGUCAGAUACUGCUGAACAAAUAUGUAAUUGCUGACCAUCUGUCCACACAGGCGUGGGUUUCCAGAUACGUUUUGUGUUUUGUUUCUGCCCUGCCUUGUGGUCUCCUCUCAUGGGUCCUUAGAAUUUACACAGUAUGAUAGUUACUGAUACCUGAGGACCAGAUCGCUUUACUUCUGGAAUGUUGCUUUAAGCGAUGUAUUUUAAAAUACCCUCUUCAUAUAUGGGCUAUUGCUAUGGACUCCCAUGGGUAGGUUAUUGCUUGCACACAAUUUAUUAUUGGGACUUCUCCAGUCACUUACAGGGAAAGUAGAUUGGAGUUAGGUACUUUCUACCAAGGAAAUAAAGUCAAAUUCGGUAUAUGUUUUUAUUUUUAAGCCUGACUUUUAUAAGACAUUAAUCUCCAUUUGUACAUAUGCUGUUUUAUUUAUAAACCAAAAAUGAGUCAAUGCCUAUCCUAUGAGCAGUGACUUCACUAAGAUUUAUGAGAAUAUUUAGACAGAUGUAGUCAGAUACCACUUAGCCAUUUUUACAUUCCCUCUGAUCAAAAUUGGUACAGAAUAAUUAAGACUUUGCUCUAAAAUUUAAAGUAGUUUUUAAUUCUGAAGAAAACAAAUUUUCUGUUAUUUACAUGCAACAAAAGUGGAUUCCUAUAGUGAGAAUGCUAUGAUAACAAUAAAAAGAUACGUAUUAUGCAUGAAGGCAACUUUGGAUGUUUUAACACAUUUGACUUAUUUUUGGUUUCAUGAAUGCUGAGAAUGCUGCUUUACUUAGAUUUCCUAUACGAAUUUGUAAGAAUGGCUAUGAAAAUAUAUAGAAGCUUCUAGAGAACUGAAAGUAAUAAUAUAGAGUUGCCUUUUCUAGUACAGCGAAGUGGCAGACCUCACCUGAAGAUGUUAUUUUGGGGGGUUCUUGGAGUUAUCGAGUUGAUCUUGCCAUUACACUACUUUGCAAAUAACUGAAGAAGUAAAUGAUUCUUCCCUAAUAACCACAACGUGUAUACAUUUACUCUCAGUUUUAAUAGUGAUUUCAUAUCAAUAUAUGUUUAAAAUCAGGAUGAUUAAAAAUCAAAAUAAUUUGAUAGCAUUUGUGACAAUAAUGAUUUAUGUAUGCCCAAAAUAUGCCUUAUUUUUAAAGAAUCCUAUACUGAGUCAUUUUGUCAUUGUUCAGAGAAAUUGCGACCUUAUUCACAAAGAAAAACUUUUUUUAUAUUAAUUGCAUUCUGUUUAAAUCAAAAUGUGAAACUAUAGGUAAUAUUAAACUUUGCAAUUGGAAAUUACAAAAAUGCCUUGGCAUACCAUGAAAAUUACAGAGUCAAUAUGCAACUUAAUUGCUGGAAAUUAGUAUUGAAUUAACAUAACUUUUUAGAGACACAGGCAGCAUCCUUGCAGCUUACAGAAGUCCUGGGUUCCCCAGCACCAUUCCACAGUUAACCUCUCUGACAACCUCCUCAGAAUUUCCAAGUUGGCCAAACAACCUUCAUGGACCUAAUUACAGAUAGAAAGAAAAAAAAAACUAUUUUGUAUAUGGGAAAAAUAAAUACAUAUGAAUAUGAUGAAUAAAUACAUUGAGCAGCUGUACUUUAAUCCAUUAUAUUACUUCUGAAAGCACAUAGCUAAGGAAUAUUUUCUAAGGCUUAGAGGGGAAAAAAAUCAUUUCCUUAAGAACAUGUUAAAAUAUUUUAAUCUGUUUACGAUUAUUUUUAUCUGUUGUGGAUACAAAUGAGUUAGAUCAAGAGCUAUAUCUUUGGAUACAUUUCCAAGGGGGGAGUGAGCAAUAGUAUAUAAAAAUACCAAAUAUAAAAUUUUGCAUCUGGGGAAAUAUUUAGGUUCUAAAUACUAAAUUAGAUGACAAGUUUUUAUGUUUUCUAAAAAUCAUAUUGAUGUUUUAUUGUGAUUUUCUACAGACAAGUCUUAAAUAUAUUUAA